CUUUCUGGGGCCUGUUCUCCAUUUGUCACACUUAUCCUACAUCCGGCACAAUAUCUGUUUGAAGAAGAUAGCUUUCUCCAGCUCCUUCAAAUGUGACAUUUUAUUUUUAUUUUUAUUGCUGUGUUUAAUAAGCCAUGACUUUCUCCCCUCAGGUGCCAACAAAGAAAGCUAAACUGAAGGAAUGCCGGCUUGAAAUAAUGGAAGAUGAAGACCCUUUUGAAAAAUACCUGAAAGAAAACCGUCAGCUUCAGCAGACCAGCCACCGUCUGGAGCAGGAAAAUGACAACUUGGCCCACAGACUGAUCACCAGCAAGAUCGCCCUGAGGAACGCUCUGGACAAGGCGGAGGACAGAGUGGAUGAACUGACAAAAGAUCUGCUGCAGACGAGACAUCGACUGCAGGCCACAGAAGAAGAGAAGAGAGGGAAAGAAGAAGAAACUGCGAUGCUAAAGGAAGUGUUUCGGAGGGAGCUGGAGAAGGCCGAGCUAGAGGUCAAAAGGUCGUCGGGUAUCAUUGCAGAUUACAAGCAGAUCUGCUCUCAGCUGACAAAUCGUCUGGAGAAGCAGCAGGCCGCCCACAGAGAGGAGUUAGAUUUGCUCAAGAGUGUAAUGAGGGCUUGCUCCUGCUGCCAACAUACUGUCGAGUCAGAUGAGCUGUCCGAUGCAGGUCAGAGCUGUGAAGCAGCAGGAGAGACAGAAGGCCGAGGGAUGGCCGAACAAAGCGAGGAGGAGAACGAUGCACGUUUUCGAAGAGAGGAGCAGAGGAGGGAGCAGAGAAGGGUGGACCGAGAGAAGGAGUCCCUCAGGGCUCAGAUUAGGGCACUGGAGCGGGAGCUAGUCCAGACCAAGCUCCAGAUGGUGGAAGCCAAUUGCAAGAUCCAGGAGCUGGAACACGAGAAGGCAAUCCUGUCCAACGAUCUCCAGGAAUCAAAGAACAGCUGGAUCAGUAAGGCCUUCACCUCUCUGCGGACCUCCAGCGGGGGGCUUCAAGGCGUUAGCUUACCCAGAGAUGGGGCUCCCGCACUGGGUCGGAUCCUCCACGGUACCUCCCUCUCUGGAUGGAGCACCAAGAAGCUGUCGUGGCCUCACAGAGACAAUCGAGAAAAAGUCUGACAGCUUGGACUGUGAAGGUGCAGAAGACGUACCCUACCAGUCAAAAGUUUGGACAGUUAUUUUAUUUAAUUAUUUUGUACACUGAAGUCAUCGAAACUAUAAAAGAAUACAUAUGGAAUUAUGUUGUACACAAAAAAAUGUUAAUCUUCAGUAUUAGCCUACAAUGUAGAUAACAAUACAAAUAAAAAGCAUUGGAUGAGAAGGUGGGUCCAAACUUUUGACUGGUACUGUAAAACUGUUAUGUAAAUAUUGUCUUUAGUGUAGCUACUGUUUCCUAACGUGCACUAGCUGGAAGAGUGGAGCACGAAACUAUCAGAGGAGAGUACCUGAGACAGCAUCUAGGUGAUGUCACACAGGGACUUUCUUAUCCGUUUACCACUUCACAAUUACUGUAUUCACUGAUGUAUUAUUUUGUAUAGUUGUAAAUCUAAUCCAUGUCCCCUGAGGGGAAAUCUUUCAUUUGUAAAGAAAUUAAAUGUAAGAUUAAAGCA